AUGGCUCUUGUCCUUUCUUACACUCCGGAGUCGUACAAGACUCUGCCCUCCCUCAAAACCGCCCACAAGAACUUUAAGGAGAAGUCUGGGCGAGACGCUCUCGACGGGGAGAUCCUCCACCUUUUCGAGGAAUACCCUGACGCCCGCCGUAACUUUGGUCUCCAGCUCCUCCACCGGCACUUUUCCAUGUCCAAAGACGAGAUCCUUGUUGAGGUCGAGCGUACCUCUUCUCCCUGGCACAUCAAGAACCUCGGGGACGACGCCUCUCUCAUGCAGGGUCGAGUCUACCCUCGCAGCUUCCGCCUCAGCUCCGACCCAGACGGCCCCAAGUUCAAGCCCUACGAGUUCAGAUACCUGCUUGACGGCGAAGAGCCACUUUCGGACCCGAAUGACCCGCAAAACGCCGCUUUCGCUGAGAAGCUCGCUUCGCUCCUCAAGAAGUAUUCCCUGGAGAGCGUCUUGGGUAUCAAUGCCCUGACGCCUGAGAUCAAGCCUCUUCGCGGCUUCAAAGGUGAUCCAAGCUGGCUCUGGGAGAAGACCAUCGGCAAGGCGAACAUCCUCUUCCCGAUCUCUGAGUUGGGCAAAGACUCGAUCGAGGCCAUCUUUGUGUUCACUGGGAAAGGUGAGGGCGUGACGAUGGCAGCCCAAUGUUCCAGCCCGUGCGUGUGCAAGGGCCCUGGCAUGGACUCCACCGAGGAUUGGGACUCUGGUGACGAGACGGAGACGGAGUAA